UACACGUCGCGGACCGCAAUAGUCAACUGGUUGUCAGUGACGGCCGACUCUCCCACUCCUCAAUUCGUUGCUCAACAAGAACUCAGUGUUUACGACAUCAAAGAUCACCCGGACUUCAACUUCCGGCCCGGCAUUUGUGUCGUCAGGAUAUUAUCACUGAAUGAGGAGAACUGCGAGCCCUCCGCCCGAACCGGUCAAGUGCUCGAUCUUAUGUUAGACGGAAUGCUAUUAUGUGUUUGGCUCAACGGACAGACGUCUCUCGUGUGUCCGCAACACCUCUUUGUUGUCGGAGACUAUGAUUCGGAUGACUUGUGGGGCGACAGUGAUAUGGAUUACGACUCGGAUUUUAGUGUAUAUGAAAGCGCCGAGAGUUGGGAAACGGACGGCCAGAAAGCCAAAGAUAGUAAAAAAAGUCCGAAAAAGUUAUCGCAUACGAGUCCUAACAGUAGUGGCAACAGUCAAAACAGUCAACGCCUACUAAAUCUGUUACAAACGGGUGCCUCACAAGUGGAAGAAUGGCUCAAGAAUGGUAAGAACGGUCUCCAGAAUCCAUUAAAAUCGGCGGUUAAGAAACCCGAAACACCGGACGACAAGUCGCCGAAAGGGCUGCAAAAUUACUCGAACAAAGUUCUUCAGAUGUCCCGACGAUUGUUACAACACUUGUCGUGGAGUCCGCCGGGCGUUGAGGCGACCACACAAACCAAUUGUGUCGCAAACACACAAAGCAAUCACAUUAACAAUAGUGAUCUAAAUAUGGCCAACACUUCUUCGAGUGACAGUCAAAACGCGUCGUCGAGUUCUGACCAAAACAUCAAUUCAUUGCUCGAAUUGAUUGAUGACUUGAAAUCCAAGCUUAAGAAUAUAGAAGACGAAGACAUCGUGAAAGAGAAUUGCGAUGAAACGCCUGUCAAAUGCCCGGAACCGAUGGAGUGCUCAGAAUCUAGUUCUUUGGCCGAAAUGAAAGGAAAUGUGAUAUUUUUAGAUAGAGUUCCCGAAAAUCAUAAAUACUUGUAUUCAACAAUCGAACCGAAGAACUCGAAAGAGUUCUUAAAGCGAAUCAAAUACGAGAUCUCACUCAUGAAGAGCUCUUUGCCCGAAGGCAUAGCUGUGGCCUUAUUUCAUGAUAGAAUAGAUCUGUUAUCAGUGAUGAUAUUCGGGCCAAAGGGCACGCCAUACGAAGACGGGCUCUUCUUGUUUGACAUUCAACUGCCGGCCAACUAUCCAAACGGUCCGCCAUUAGUUCACUACAUAUCUUACUGUUCGGAUCGUCUGAAUCCCAAUCUAUACGAAACGGGCAAAGUAUGCGUCAGUUUGUUGGGCACAUGGAGUGGCAAAGGGACCGAAGUUUGGACCAUCGCUUCCAAUCUGUUGCAAGUGAUUGUCUCAAUUCAGGGCCUCAUUCUCGUCGACGAACCCUAUUAUAACGAAGCGGGUUAUGGCAAACAGAGGGGCACUUCUAUCGCAUCGGAGAACAGUCGCCUCUAUAACGAGAUGGUAGUCAUCAAACUGAUCCAAUCGAUGACCAAAAUGGUGUUAACGCCGCACAAGGCUUUCGAGCAACAGAUCAGAGAACAUAUCGUAUCGAUUGGCGACAAAUUUAUCGAAAGGCACCGCAAUUGGGCACAAGUCUCGCAACUUUGUAUCUCUCAGUCAAUCGCCACAAGCGAUCAAUUAUCGCAAAGCGAACACUUGAGUCCGGGUAUGGUUUUGCCGCCGUUCCCACUGUUGCCCGCAUCCCAUGGUUUCUGUUUAUCACUAAACAAAUCCAUCACUCAAUUUGAAGACACACUCAACGCAUUUAAAUAG